AUGGAAUUGUAUCUUAUUAAGGAACCAAAAACAACUAAUCUUAUAGAAUCAACUUAAGAAGUUGACGAUUACAACAAAAAUAAAAAUAGGGUUGAUAAAAUAAAAAUUCUCCUCGAAUUUGUUCCAGAUAAUUAAAUUAUCUAUUAAAAAAAAGAAGCAAUUCUGAGAAUGUAUAUAUUAUAUAUAUCAAAAAAAGAAACCAACUUUAGUGUCAAAAUAAUCAAGAAAUAUUCAAUAAUAUAGAAUAAAUCAAAAGACUUUCUUGGUUUGGUUAAUAUGAUUAAUGGAGAAAGAAAGUUGGCUUAUGGAUUGCUUUUUGA